GGGCUGGGGGGCUGUUGGUCAGUCGGUCGGGCGGCGGGUGGGGAGGGGCUCUGUCAUGGCGCGGGUGUCGGUCUUGGGGGUUUCGCUGCUGGAGAACCCGAGCCCAUUCGGACACCCGCUGCGCUUCCAGGUGCAGUUCGAGUGCGGAGAGGCGCUGCCUCAGGACUUGGAGUGGAAGAUCAUCUAUGUGGGCUCUGCUGAGAGUGAAGAGUAUGACCAGGUUCUUGACUCGGUACUGGUGGGACCUGUUCCAGCUGGAAGGCAUAUGUUUGUGUUUGAGGCCAAUGCUCCCAACUCCAGUCUAAUACCUGAGAGUGAUGCUGUGGGAGUUACAGUAAUACUCAUUACUUGCACCUACUUGGGCCAGGAAUUCAUCCGCAUUGGGUACUAUGUCAACAAUGAAUAUGUGGAUCCUGAACUAAGGGAGAAUCCACCCCUCAAGCCAGACUUUUCACAGCUGCAGAGGAAUAUCCUGGCCUCCAACCCUCGUGUAACCUGUUUCCAUAUCAAUUGGGAUGGUCCUAGAGACCAGAUGGACAAUAUUGAAAAUGUAGACCCAGAGCGUGAUGGCUUCCUGUCUCCUAGCUGUGCCUACAUCAAGGGGUUGGCUCCUUCCAUGGGUCUGCAACCUGAGAAUUCCAUGGACUGUAUGUGAUUCAAGUAAAAGAAUCUAAGGACCAUGCACAGAGAAGGGCAACUGACAAGUUUUUGUGGGAAAUAUUGCAGGGAGGAGGUGGUUACUUGUGGCCAGUAAGGAAACUGAAGGCCUAAAUUGUGUAGGCAAAAACUUCAGAGCCCUCUCUUAUUUUUUUUAUUUUUUUAAUUGAGGUUUCUGAUAAAACUUGCUUUUCUGACUUCUUACAGUUCUGUGCUAACACUUCUUGAUUUGGACCUGGACCUUCCUCCCACUGACCUUUUGACAAGCGUUUAGAAUAAUUCUUUGUAUUCUCCCCCUUUCUUUCAGAUUUAUUGAUGCUUAGAAGCAAGAGGUGUUGCCUUGUUGCUCUGAGUACCCCUUAACUGAGAUUACAGUGACCACCUCCAUUUCAAGACAACUUGUCUUUCUACUCCUACAGAGAACUAAGCUUCAAGGAGUUGCACAGUGUCGAGAUAUUACAGCCAGGUUUUGAUGCCCCUCUCUUUAGGAGCUGAUGAAAUUCUGUCCCAGUAUUACAAGUAUUGUUCUACUUUUUGUGCUUUGCACCGAAAGGAAUGGAAACCCUUAACAUGAGUAAGAAGCGGUGUGGACUGCUUAUUAUGAGGGUCCUAGUUCUACUUUUUUGAGCUCCCUUUUUAAAUUUGUGCUAGCUGCCCUUGUUUCUGCAACAAUCCCCAAAAGUGUCCUCUCCAAGCCCAGAGUUAGCAGGAAUGGUAUUCACUCCUUUAGGAUGUGGCAAGUUUACAAAUCCCUCCACAUAUGCCCGUGCCUGUAGGAGUAUUGAACAUGCCCUUCCCAUACUGUGAGGUUUGCACUUGAGGCAGUUUGGGUACUGAUUAAUGCAUAGUCUUUCACAUAUGGCAAGUGCCUCUAGAAACUCUUUGCUCCUAUUGGGGUGGAUUUUCUCGUAACACAAUAUUUACAUCUGCAUGAUGGAAAGCUUUUCUGGCCUGCCUCUAGUCCUGAUAUCUGGUUUUUUUAAAGUGAUUGCAUACUUUGGUAUACUUAGCCUGUCUGUGUACUCUGAUACUAUUGAAAUGUAUGCUGCCUAUAAGUCUUUUAAACACUUCAUAUUGUGGAAUUGAUGUCCAGCUAAUAAAACUUUUGGAAGGAA